AUGGCUGAGCGAAAGGUCGACCCUCCAGUAUAUGAUCCCGGCAGUGGAUUGGGCCAUUAUGGAGCAAGCGCAGCAUUGUCGGCGCAAGGUUACGUACCCCAUACUGAGCUCUACUCUGGACUAUGGUCAAACAUCAAUCAAGGUCUGACCGGACCCUCUCGCGAAAUCCUGGCAACAUAUUGGCAACAGACCAUCAAUCACCUUGAAACAGACACCCAUGAUUUCAAAAUCCACCAGCUACCACUUGCCCGCAUCAAGAAAGUCAUGAAGGCUGAUCCAGAAGUCAAGAUGAUUUCAGCGGAAGCCCCCAUUCUUUUCGCCAAAGGCUGCGACAUCUUCAUCACUGAAUUGACAAUGCGCGCAUGGAUUCAUGCUGAAGACAACAAGAGAAGGACACUACAGCGGAGCGAUAUUGCUGCAGCAUUGGGAAAGAGUGAUAUGUUCGAUUUCUUAAUUGAUAUCGUCCCCCGAGAGGAGAGCAGUGGUCACGGAGGUUCUUCAAAACGCCCAAACACCAGUGGACAGGCUACAGCAACCCAAGUUCCCCAGCAGCAGCCGCCACAAAUGGCCCCACCAGAUUACGGUCUACAACACGGAUCGAUGGGACCGCCAGAUAACCAAUAUGGAAGACCUCAGAUGUAUCCUGGACACAUGGGUGCCGAUGCACAACAAGAUAAUCAAGGCUAUGGGCAGGCCCCCCCGAUGUUUGCUGGUGGCGAUCUUUACAACCCUUAUCAAGGCCAGUUUGGAGGAGCCGGUGCACAACAGAUGUAUACUGGGAUUCCUGGGCAACGUCCACAGAGUCAAGGCUACGGAGGACCGAGGCCAGGUACAGCAGGCAGGAACGAGCAGGUCAAUGAGCAGGCAUAUGGCCCUGGGUGA